CACUCAUUUCCUUUGCCCUCCUUUGCCCUCCUCCACCUCCGGCUCCAGCUCCCACUCGAUAGACUCGCGAAGUACCAUGCAGGACGCCAACCAGCUGACCGUGUCCGAGCCGGUCCUCCGGAAGUAUCCGGCCGAUCGAGUGGCCACCAACAAUCGUCGCGUGCUGAUCAUCAAUACCGGCGGCACCAUCGGCAUGGAGCCCAGCGAGACCGGCUCGCUCGGGGUCAAGUCCAACUUCCUGGCCUCCAUGAUCAAUCGCCUGGAUGAGCUGAACCAUCCGAACAUGCCGCUGGUGUCGCUCUGUAGCAUGGACCCGCUCAUCGACUCGGCCUCCAUCUCGCCGGACGACUGGAUCUACUUCGCUAGGACCAUCCAGAAGUACUACGACGGCUAUGAUGGCUUCGUGGUCACCCAUGGAACCGACACCAUGUCCUACACGGCGGCCGCAUUGUCCUUCGCCCUGGAGAACCUGGCCAAGCCGGUGGUCCUCACCGGGGCACAGCUGCCUCUGGGGCAUCCAUACACGGACGGCCGGCAGAAUCUGGCCUCGGCCAUCUUUCUGGCCGGCUAUGAGCUGGUCAUCCCCGAGGUGUGCAUUUUCUUCAACCGCCACCUGCACCGGGGGAAUCGCUGCAUCAAAGAGAACUCCUGGUCGCUGGAUGCUUUUGGGUCGCCGAAUUUCAGCCCCCUGGCCAGCUUGGGGAUCUCGGUGACCGUGAACAAGGGGCUGGUUCGCCGGAUCCCGGACCCGGUGGCCUCGCCGCUGCGGGUGUUCACCCGCUUCGACCGGUCGGUGGUUGUCAUUCGCCUGGUCCCGGGCUUUUCGGAUGACCUGCUGAUGCUGCUGCUGGAGUCCAGCUCGCAGGCCUCCUCGCCGGAGCUCCUGGGCGCCGGGAAGACCCGCGGCUCGGUGGUCACCAAUGACGCCGAUGUCACCGAUGCCACCGACGUGGGCUCGCCCGAUGCCGGGUCCGGCGCCACCGAGGGGCUGGCCUGCUCGGCGCCCCCGCCGCUGGAGGGCCGCGCCCGGCUGCACCCCGCUCGCGGCAUCGUCAUCCAAACCUAUGGCACGGGAAAUAUGUCCUCCCGCCGGACGGACUUCAUCCAUGCCGUCACCAAGGCCAUCGACUCCGGGGUGGUGGUGGUCAUCACGUCGCAGUGCGUCCGCGGGGAGGUCCGCCUGGACUCCUACGACACCGGCGAGCAGCUCAAGAAGGCUGGCUGCGUCAGUGCCGGCGACAUGACCACCGACACGGCGGCCGUCAAGCUAUCCUACCUCCUGGGCCAGGCCGGCCUCACGCCCAAUGACAUUCGCACGCAGAUGGAGGCCGAUCUCCGGGGGGAGAUCUCCUCCCGCCUGGACCGGAAUAUCUCCGAUCCGCGUGGCACCCCGGCCUACUUGAAGCCGCAUCUGCCGGCCGCGGCCACCGCCUCCUCCUUUGUCCUGCGCGGCGCCGGGGCCGAUCUCCCGCCCUCGCUAAGCAUCGGCCACCACUCGCAGUUCUGAGAGUGCCAAAGGGCCAUCGGCGCCUGCCCUCCUGGCGUGGUCCAUUUCGGUGGAGCAUCCCUGGCGACCCAGUGGUCAGGCGUGCAUGUGUGCAUGCGUGCAUGCGUGUGCGCGUGUGCGCGUGCGCGUGUGUCCUUUCGCCGUCCCUGUCACUCCCCUCCACCCGGUGGCCUGCUCGCGGCCGGUCUCCUUUCGGGGGCGGGGUGUCCGGGAGACGAGUCGAAACACUGGCCACAAAAAUACACCCAUCCGUUGGCA